CUCUUACAGGCUAACUCGAUCAUAGUUUUCCAUGAGAACAGUUGAGAAGGCCAAGUAUUUCUACAUUGCUGGAUUUUUUCUCACUGUAUCACCAGACUCCGCACUUCUUGUAGCUGAACAUGCAGCUGCAAACAAAAAGUAUUUCUCGAUGAACCUUUCUGCUCCAUUUAUAUGUGAGUUUUUCAAGGACGCACUGGAGAAAGUUUUUCCGUAUAUCGACUACGUUUUUGGUAAUGAAACCGAAGCAAGGACGUUCUCUAAAGUUCAGGGAUGGGAGACUGAGAAUGUUGAGGAGAUAGCUCUAAAGAUUGCUGCGUGGCCUAAAGCAUCAGGAACACACAAGAGAAUUGCUGUUAUUACUCAAGGUCCAGGUCCAGUUGUUGUUGCUGAGGAUGGAAAAGUGAAGACGUUCCCAGUUAUUGUGCUGCCUAAAGAGAAACUCGUUGACACUAAUGGAGCAGGAGAUGCGUUCGUGGGAGGCUUUCUAUCUCAAUUAGUUCAAGAAAAACCCAUCGAGGACUGCGUAAGAGCUGGGUGUUAUGCAUCAAAUGUUAUAAUCCAAAGGUCUGGCUGCACAUUCCCUGAGAAGCCUGAUUUUAAAUGAGCAUUCUUUCGUAUUGGCGAGACCUUUGGCCCUCCUCUCCUAGUAGUACCCAUCUCUAGCUAUUGCUUUACCUUUAUAUUCAUUUUUCCUAUUGGCUAGUGCGGAUGAUGGCUAUUUCUGCGCAUCCCAAUAUAUAUCUAAUUCACCAUAUUCCUGUUAUUCCCAGAUGUUGUAAGGACUUAUUAAGUAUCUUGCCCUGAAAGUUUAUAUGAUUAUAGAGCAGCUUGGUUCAUACCACUGUACUAGAUAGAGUAGAGGCACUCCAUUAGUUUGGCUUGGCCUUUUAACCCAAA